AUGUCAAAUAUUCCCACUACUUUUAAUAUUCUUCCUACGCCUGUUAAAUCUUUUCCAGUAUCGUCACAAUCUGAUCUAAUAGAAUCUAAUCAUUAUUAUUAUAACGAUCACUGUUAUAAUGAUGAUGAUGAUAACUACACCAAUAAUCAUAUUUUCAAUGAAAGCCCAACACCUUUUCGUAAAAUUAAUAAUAAUACGAACAUCAACUACAUCAAAUAUAAUCCUAACAUAGAUAUUGAUCAUUGUAUUAUUUCAAUGAAUACUUGGACAAAAACUAGAAAAUUAUCUUCUUUACAAGAUGUUGUUGAAGAUGGUAAUAAUGAUAUUCUAUUCAUGAAUUAUAGUUGCAAUAAUAACAAUUGUAUUAAUAACUUUGAUGAAACUACAUCAUCAAGACCGUCUAAUUAUAAUAAUGAUGGUGGUGGAAACUUUUACAAUGGUAACAACAAUAAUAGUAGUAGUAGUAUUAAUGUGGAAUUUUCAAGAUUAUCCACAGGAUUCAAGGAAAUCAUUACUCCUACAUUUAAUGAACCAUUGGAAAACCCCUACAAGUGUUUUGAUGUUUCUGAACAUUCUGCCUCUCUUCCUUUCAAUAAUACAUCAAACAAUUCUUCAGAAAUCUCUGGAUUUACCACGGGUUCUGGGAAAAAAAUUGCUCCCAUAUCUAAAGAAUCAAAGGAAAGAGCCUACAAGUGUUUAGGCGAUUCUAAACACACUUCUUCUCCUUCUUCCGAUAAUAUAUUAAAUACUAUUUCUGGAUUUUCGACUGGAUUCAAAAGAAAAAUUAAAUCUAUAUCAAAAGAAUCAAUGAAGGUUUCCGAACAUUCUUCUUCAAGCAUUAAACCUUCAAAAGACAAUGAUAUGAUAAAAAAAUCAAGAAAAAAUCAGCAUUCAAAUUCUGGUUCCAAGCAUAAUUCAAACAACUACAAAAAACCACCAAUCAGAUCUCAUCAACCUAAUCUGAAAUUAAGAACUCCACUCAGAAACACCAUUGGAAACAUGGUGUAUCAUCAUCCCUUAACAUUUAAUGAACAAGAUUUAUUAAAUUUUGAAAUAACACCGGAUGUCUUAUACAUCAACCCAUCAAAUGCCACUCUUUACAAUUUCACUUGGCCAAAACUUUUUUUAAAAUCAAACUGCCAACAACAACAAAAAGCAACAUGGGGUCCAAAUGAAGCUCUGUCAUGUUUAAUUAAAUGUGGUGCCAAUCCUAACCUGAUAGAUCAACAGUGGGUAUUGAAUCAUUACAAAUGGAUUGUAUGGAAAAUAAGUAGCAUGAUUAGAUCAUAUCCUAAUUUAUUUCAUUGUUGGUUAUCAUCUGAUACAGUACUUGACCAAUUAAAAUACAGAUAUGAAAGAGAAAUAAAUCGUACACAAGGAUCUGCUCUUAAAUCAAUUAUAGAAGGGAAUGCUUCACCAGCGUGGCCUAUGGUUCUGUGCGUAUCAGACAUAAUUGAUGAUAAAACCACUCCGUUAACACCACCGCCAUUAUCUUCUUCUUUUUCAAUGUCACCAACACCACCAUUUUCUCCUGUAUCUCCACCUUUCUCCUAUAUACCAAAUUCAUCAUCAUCUGAUAGAAAAUAUAUUGAUGGUUCAAAACUUUCAUUGGAAUUGACUGAUGGUUGGUAUAAAAUAAAUGCAUGUAUUGAUCCACCAUUACAACGAGCUAUAGUGAAAUCUAAAAUAAAAAUAGGUUACAAGCUUGAAAUUUGUGGUGCAAAGGUUUAUGGAAAAUCUGUUGGCAAAACUUCAGCUUUAGAUGAAACAAACUCCAUAUGCUUGAAAUUAUCAGGAAACUCGACGAAACUUGCCCAUUGGGACUCCAAGCUUGGAUUCAGAAAGUUUAGACCAUUUGCUUCAUUAAACAGCCUUACUCCAGAUGGUGGAUUUAUUUUUGCAAUUGAUGUUAUAAUAAUGCGAAAAUAUCCUUUGAUGUACCGUGAAACAACUAAAGAUGGAAUAUAUAUCAUACGCAAUGAAAAAGGUGAAGAGUUGGCUCGUAGAAAUUUCGCAGAAAAGAUACAGGGAAAGAUACAAUCCUUACUGCAAGACUAUGAUUGGAGAUCGCCACAACAAGAUUCUAAUAAAUUAGAAAUAAAUGAUGACAAUAAUACUUCAGCAAGCAAUGCCAAAUUCAAACAACAGAAACAAGUAAUUACCAAACAAUUAAUACAAAGUCUUACAUCUGCAGAAGAAUUAUAUAAUUUAUUGCAGAAUAAUAGCGAGUAUUCUAAUCGAAUCAUUGAAUACUUGAGUUUUGAUCAGAGUAGAUGGUUGAAUGAUUGGUUGAAUAGAAAAGAGAUGAGUAAUUUAAAUGAAAGGAAUAAGUGGCUUAAUGAGCAAUUGGAAUCAGUAGAUUUGAAAAGUGUUCGUUCUGUUAUUCCAUUCUUUAAAGUACGUGUGUGUGAUUAUCACAGUCAAUCUAAAGCUAUUAGAAAGGCUCAAUCAAAAGUUAACAGAGAAGCAUUGAUCACUAUAUGGAAUCCUGCUAGCUCUUUAUAUGAUUCUAUUCAUGAGGGACAAAGAUAUCAGAUACAUUCGUUGAUGGUAGCCAAUAAUCAAUCAUAUGAUCCAAAUUUAUCAUCAACAAUUUCUUUGAUACAUCUGACAUCAAUAGGACAUACAACAAUAUGGAGAAAACAAAAGGCAGAUUUAAAUGAAAUUAGGAAUUCGUUAUAUAGACCACGGGCUGUUACGAUUUAUGACGAAGCGUACAGGAUAAGAGCAAUGACAAUGACAAUAAGAACGGGUCUAGUUCAUCAAUGUCAAGAAGAGCAUGACAUUGUGGUAGUUGUGUUGGCGGUCGGAGAAAUAGUAGAGAAGAUACGAUAUGGUAUCACUAUUGAAAUACAAACUGCUAUUGCCACAGAUAUCAGUGGACAGUUUGUGUUUAUCGAAUUCAAUAAAUCGUUUUUUAUUGAUUUAGAUAAUUUAUUAAUACCCAAGAACAUAUUGACUAUUAUUAACUUAAGACAUGCUUAUUAUGAUUCAAAUUAUAGGGUUCACAUGCUUUCAACAUGUGAUGUGACAGUGAUCAAGCAAUUUCCUUCUGAAGAUUACUUGAAGCAAGCCAGAUCAAGGCUUGAAUCUUGGGUCAAAGUUAAUGGAUCAAUUCUUAGUGUUUAUGAAUCUAAUGCAAAAAAACUGUGUAAAUCACUUUCACCCUAG